GUGUUGGCAACAGAGAUUUUAUAUAACAAGAAGGAAGUUCCUAAUUGGUUCAAAGUACUCUAGUUUGACUUCGGUCGCCAGAUGUCAAAUUGACAGUAUUUUGAAAAAUAUUUUUGUCUUCAAACGUGUUUUAUUUACUGUGUUAUUUUAAGAAGAAAUUUUCUGAGCUUUUUCAUAUUUGAGAAAAAAGACAUUUGCAAUAUAUUGUGAUUUAUGAAGUGAGAUAAACAUUUUUGAAUAUGUGGUGAUCACAGAUUUGUUAACAAUUUAUGCCGUGUUAAAUAUUGUAAACAUUUUUGACUGAUUUAAAAAAAAAUUCGUAAGAAAAAAACAAUGGAUAGAGCAUAUAUCCUCAACGUUUUAGCUUUCAUUUUGUGGCUUUUAUUGAAGGAAUUUAACCUGGUGUAUUCUGAAGGGAUAGAUUUAACACCCGAAUGUGGGAACAAUUGCCACAAAUGCAGUCCUCAUUGUCGAGCAGAAUGUGACGUCAACGACGGCACGUGCUUAAGUGGAUGCAUUGCUGGAUGGACCGGUUCCAAAUGUGAUGAACGUUGCCCGGAUUAUCAAUAUGGUAUGAACUGUCAGAAAUCAUGCGGUCACUGUGAGAAUGAUGAAGUGUGUGAUCCGGUCACUGGCGAGUGUCCCGGUAACUGUGUACCCGGGUUUUUAGGACCUUCUUGUGACCAAGGUUGUGACCCCUAUUUCUAUGGAAACGCGUGCGAGAGUAGCUGCCAACAUUGUCGUAACAAUAAGCCGUGUAAUAUAGUCACAGGGUUUUGUAUUAAUGGCUGUGCUCUCGGCUGGAAGGGAGAGAAAUGUGAUCAAGUUUGCACCAAUAUGACAUUCGGUCUAGACUGUACAGGGAAAUGUGGGAAUUGUGCGAAUAAUAUGCCGUGCAAUCACGUGACUGGAGAAUGCACGCGAGGCUGCGCACCUGGCUGGACAGGAGAUAAAUGUAAUAUCGCUUGUAGUCAAGGUUGGUACGGUGAGGAAUGUGACUUUCACUGUGGCCACUGUAAGUCCGAGACCUGCGACCAGGUCACCGGAGUAUGUGAAUCUGGAUGUAAAGCCGGAUGGAUGGGACGACUAUGUAGAACCGCAUGCGGCCCGGGUAAAUACGGCGAAGACUGUAUCGCUGACUGCGGUAAAUGUAUCCACAAUAUGUGCGACAGAGCAACGGGUAUCUGUACAAAAGGAUGUACAGCAGGAUGGAAGGGAAUCACGUGCCAUCAACCUUGUGAGAGCGGUCGGCAUGGAGCGAGUUGUGGCAUGACAUGUGGUAAAUGUAGAGAUGAGUUACCGUGUAAUAGCAGUACCGGGAUAUGUGAGAAUGGCUGUAAGCCAGGCUGGGACGGAAAAUACUGCACACAAAAGAAACCAAUUGAUGAUGUCGGGGUCACGGAUGUCGCAGAAACUGAUGCAUUGGGGAUCAAGAAACCGUCAACAGUUUCCCUAUUGGCCGUUGUCAUAGUGUUACUAUUUAUAGCUCUGUCAGCAACGGUUAUCUACUUCCUGUGUAUACGACCGCGUCAUGGAGACAUUUCGUCACAACUGACGCGUCUCUCCUCGGUGCGAAGUAACGACGAUGCGGAACCUCAUUUAUACGAACAAGUUCAGUGUGGUCCCUGGGAAAUCACAAAAGCUAACCUCGUUUUGACCUCUGACAAACUGGGUCAAGGUCAGUUCGGACAAGUGCGAAAAGGUUACAUAAAGAAUAUGCGGAGUCAUAAUGUACCAGUAGCUGUUAAAUCAUUAAAAGUCAAUUCGUCCGAAAAAGACAAGACAGAUUUUAUGAAUGAACUCUCCAUUUUGAAGAAAGUCGGAUCUCAUCCAAAUGUAGUCUGUCUGGUGGGCUCGUGCAAUAUUGGAGGAACUUUGUAUGUUGCUAUGGAGUACUGUUAUCAUGGCGAUUUAAGAACUCAUCUUAGAAACCACCGGAAGAGGAAACCCAAGUUAUACUCGAACGUUCAGAACUCAGAUCCCCUUUCUUACUCAGCUAUGCUGAAGUUUGCCUUAGAUGUCGCAAGCGGAAUGUCACAUUUAGCUGAUCGACAGAUAAUUCAUCGAGAUCUCGCUGCCAGGAAUGUUUUAUUGGAUGACAAUUUCGUGGCUAAAGUAGCCGAUUUUGGACUUUCGAAAAAUGAUGAUACUUAUGUUAAAACAUCAAGGUCAAAAGUUCCGGUUCGUUGGUUAGCUCUGGAAUCUAUUUACAGUAACAGAUACACCAUUCAAAGUGACGUUUGGUCAUUUGGUGUAUUAUUGUGGGAGAUAACAACAUUUGGAGGCACGCCAUACCAUGGUAUGGACACUCAACAGUUCUGUGCUCUCCUAAAACAAGGAUACAGACUGUGUCGGCCACGGCAUUCAGACAUGGCACUAUACACUAUGAUGUUACAAUGUUGGCAAGAAGAACCAGAUGCACGACCAGAAUUUAGUGAUCUACAAUCAAGAUUACAAUGUUUGGUAGAUGAUACUCAGAUUUACAUCAAUAUUGACGAUGAAAUGGGCUACACAAACAUGGAAGGGGAAUAAUGAUUGUAAACACAUAUGCAUACAUAUAUCAACAAAAUCCUACAUAGAGACUGCAUAGUGUACCCUUCUACACAACCUGAUAUCACGUGAUCAUGAUUAUGUUGUGAUGUCGUCUGCAGUUCCCAAAACGGAAAAAGAAACUGAACAUAAUGUCAGCGCAUUUUAAUCAUCAUUCUUUGGCAAGAUUUGAUUUUUCAUCAGUUAUGAAUGAAGUUAUUUAAUGACCAUGUUGUCAUGAUAAACCAUGUUGUCAUGAUAAACCAUGUUGUCAUGAUAAAACCAUGUUGUCAUGAUAAACCAUGUUGUCAUGAUAAAACCAUGUUGUCAUGAUAAAACCAUGUUGCCAUGAUAAAACCAUGUUGUCAUGAUAAACCAAGUUGUCAUGAUAAACCAUGUUAAUUGUCAUGAUAAACCAUGUUGUCUUGAUAAACCAUAUGGUCAUGAUAAACCAUAUUGUCAUGAUAAAACCAUGGUGAAAGAGCUUUCCAUCAUUUUGAUUAUUCACAAUUAAUUUUCCAUACAAUAUUUGUGAAGAUACAGCAAUUCUUUUAUAGAAUGAAUGGGUACAAAAAUUUGGAGACAAAUUAAAGUUGUUUCUUUUGUAAAAUAUCAAGCUGGUCUUGUGUUGUUCUGUAUAUAUUUGUUUCAACCUUAAACUUGCUGAACCUUUGUAAUGAACAUGCCCGGAUUGAGUUUGGAACAGUUCAUUCAAACAUAAAGGGAUUUCACCAUCAGGAUAAUUAUGUAAAUUGAGUUUUAUACCAACAGUAUAGGAAAUAGUGAGACUGCAUGGAUGUGAGGACUGGGGUUGCUCUAUACUUGUGGUACAGGGUUGUCAUUUUUUGGUUCCAGCGAUUGUUAAGGGUUAUUAUUUGUACAUAAGAAAAGUCUUGCCAUGUAAAUCUUGCAUAGUAUAUUUAUAUAUAGUGUAAAUAAUUUCAAGCGUUAUUAUAUAUACAGAUUGUAUUCAUUUUGCGAGUUUAUUUUGAAAUAAAUACCACUGAAAACAG